GUAAGAUGCAUAACUACAAACAUAACCAUUUCUUUUUCAUUCUGGUCCACCAACUAUUUAACUACAGUAUUGGUAUACUAGAAAAAUUCAAAUGAUAUACCAAAAAUAUACGAUAGCCCCAAACUCACCAGACAAACUAUAUACACAUGCGAGUGUGAAUGUCUAUAUAAUAGUUCAUGUUCUUAAUGUAAUAACUCGAACGAGAUAUAAUAAAGAGAACUAAAGGAUAGCGAUAUGGGGAAUUGUGGACUAAAGCCAAAAGUUUUGUCCGAAACCGGAGCUCCGGCGCCAGAGGAGCUUAAGACUUCACCUGAAGAUCAGAAGAUCGACGCUGCGAAAUCUCUUAUCAAUUUGUUCCUUCAAGACAAGGCAGAUAAGACUGCGAAAGAUGACGAGAAGACAGCACCGGAAAAGCUGCCGUUAACUAAAGAUCUGAAAACAGCUUUGGCUGAGGCAAAAUCUCCAGCUGAUGAUCAGAAGAUUAGGAAAGAAGAUGCCGUUCGUGGCCAGAAAGUGAUCGACGAUCCGACUGUUAUGGAAAUAGAAACAGAUGCUAAGCCAGAGGAAGUCAGAAGAGAAGCAGCAGCUUAAUUAUGAAAGAAGCUAAAAACUUUAUUCUGCGGUUGCGUUCUUGAUCGCAAUACGCUUGUUCAAGAUUUUUUGGUUUUGAUUAUGUUUGUUCACGAUUCCAAAAUGCAAACGCUAGUUCAUGCUUGAUGGUAAACAUUUUUGUUUUGGACUUUUUGUAGACUAAAACGCGAACGCUGGAUUUAUCAUAUGAGUUGACAGUUGCGCGCCCUAUUCCCUAACACACUGAAACUGAUCACUAUUUCAUUUGAAGCGCUAGUUUCUGCGUUUGCGUCUGAAAACUGCAUGCGACGAUGGGCCCUUUACAUAAAAACGCAUGCAUCGAUGAGCCAUAGUAUCAAAGUGUUUUCAAAUAUGGAAGAGUUUACUGGAAUGGGCUUAUUAUAGAUUGAACGUGCGGGUAAAGAACCGGACACGAAGACGGAUCCGAAUUCCCAUGCAUUUAAUUGGGAGACAACUACUUGACCCUUUAAAGAGGCCACCAAACUCUUCGAGCCUUCAACCUAUCUAUUUAUACAUGACGACAACAGCCAAUACCAUUUAUACACGUAUCCAUAGUUUGUUGUAAGUUAUAAACGCGGCCACUUCUAACCACCACCGGUUCAUGAACGACAUAAAUGAUACUACCAGGAAAGCAUACUAGUACUAUUUAGAAAAUAAUGUUUUAGUGAAAAAAAUAGAUUUGCACAGUAACGUCUUUACUAAUCAAACGGAAAUCCUUGUAUAACUAAACCAUGUUCUAAUUUUUCUUUGAUAAUAAUGAUUUUUUUACUUGGGAUUUAUCCAAAAAUGGCAUAUUAUUAUUACAUACAAUGAAAUUAAUAUAAAUAACUGUCCUAAUUUUAAACAGUGUGUUUAAAAAAAAAAAUAGAGGAAACAAAUAAAUAGUUUCUUAAAAUACUGAUGAAAGCAAUAAAAGAGUUAUUAAUAGCUGGAGCUACUUUCCUCUCCUCUCCUAUGUGAGUGCCCAUAUAUGCACCACUCCCUUGAGAUAACCACACAACAUAAACCAAUCUCUCCCUCACUCACUCAGACAAAAGAGAAACAAAUGGCGAAAUCUCCAGAGACAGAGCAUCCGAACAAAGCCUUUGGUUGGGCUGCCAAAGACAAAUCUGGUGUACUCUCUCCUUUCCAUUUCUCCAGAAGAGACAAUGGUGACAAUGAUGUGACAGUGAAAAUCUUGUACUGUGGAGUGUGCCACACUGAUUUACAUACCAUCAAAAACGACUGGGGUUUCUCCUAUUAUCCUGUAGUUCCCGGGCAUGAAAUAGUUGGAAUAGCUACAAAAGUUGG